AUGUCAACAAGUGCAAGCAUUAUUAAGUUGGAUUACUUGAAGCAAAAUUCUUGCCAUGCAAGGACUUCAGAUGAAGACCACACAGAACUAACUACUGAAGCUGGUCCCAGUGGAGAUCUGAAAUCGACUCAGAUAACAUGCAUGAAGAAUGAGAUUUCACUUAAGUCUCGAUGUUGUGAUUCUGAAACCUGGAUGGAGAAAUCAGUCGGCAGGGUUGAAAAAAUUCCUCAAACUCCAAUUUUGAAGGGAAAUUUGUCAAAUCAAGGAGCUAGUGUCUCUGAGUCACCUGAUGUUCUGGAAAGCAAGGCAUCAUUAUUUCUGGCUGAUGAAGACAAUAAUUUUUUCAGAGAUGGUGAGCUCAGUCCACGGCUUACUAAUUUAAUCAAAAGUGGAGUUGUCCCAGAGUCUCCUAUCCAUAAUAGUGGACUAUCAAAUAACACAGAUGAGUAUCUAGAACCUGACCCUGUUUCGCCUGCCCAAUUACAUACUGGAAUACUAUUGAAGUGUUCAAGUCCUGGGAAAAGUGAAAAAGUCAAUAUGAGAGGCAAUGCCUGUGGAAGAAAUGUCUCUGUUUCUCCUGUUGAUAAUGAAAUUCAAACUCCCUUGCAUAACAAGGGUGAAACUGCAAGCAUAAGAGGAUGUACCUCCACAUCACCAACUAUUGAUAGAGCCCAAACUGUUUUAGCAGACCUUACAAACAAUAGGUGUGGCAAAGAUUGGCAUUUAAGUUCUGGAGGCAAGUUGGAAAGUGUAAAACAGGCACGCAAGUUUAAAAGGUUACGCAAAGUUGGGGAUCAUUGGAAAAGUAGGGGAGAAAGCAUGACAAAAAAUGUUGGGUCAACAGAAAACCCUGCCAGAUCUUUUUCUAGAGCUGGUCCUCUCCGUACUAAGCACGACAGAGGUAUUAUGAAUAGUGAAUUAGAGUCUAUUAGACUAUAG